GGGCGGCUCCGGAGAGUGUUGUUACAGUUAUAGGUGAAAUUUACAUGUUAUCAUCCUCUCACACAGAGCUGAUCGAGUCGUAAGGAGAACAGUCUGUAAAGAGCGCUCAGGGAGGAGGAGGAACCUGUGAGAAUGGCUAAAGGUCCUGGUGUUGAUCAGGAACUCUCAGAAGUCCUGAAUGAGUUGUGGAAGCUGGAUGUCAACCGCCUGAAGCCUGGCAGAGAUUAUACUAUCAAUCUGCAGGGCAAAGCUGAUUAUGUGGCCCAGGGCAGUAAUAAUGCACGAGACAAGGCAAACGCUCCUCUGUUCUCUUAUGUCAAUGAGGACAAGCUCAAAAGUAUUGCCACUUAUGCUCGCUUCAUAAACCUCUUGGACAACUAUGAGAUGUCCACAGGUGUGGCUGAGAAGGUGACAAGUGAGGAGCUGGAGGAGAAUGACCUCUUCCUUGAUGCUAUUCUAAAGACAGAGGUCAUGAAGCAUACCCACAAGUAUUUAGUCAGUAAAGGCAAAGCCAAUUCUGACACUGCCCAGUUUAAAAAGCAGCUCUUUGACAUCUGGUUCAAGCUCUAUAACAGAGACAGAAGUGGGGGUGAAGACUCGUGCGGAUUUGAGCAUGUGUUUGUUGGUGAGACCAAAUACGGUAAAGAGAUCAUGGGCCUUCAUAACUGGGUCCAGUUUUACCUGCAGGAGAAGCUGAAAUUUGUGGACUACAAGGGCUUCAAGGGUGGAGAGAAAGACAAGCCAACUGUGGAUGACCAGGUUGUGAACCUGCAGUUCAGCUGGAAGGGUUUGGUGAAGCCGCUGGGCAGCUCCUUCAUCGGUGUCAGCCCUGAGUUUGAGGUGGCACUCUUCACCAUCAUCUUCCUCAUGAAUAAUGAGCGUGUUACCAAGACUGUGGUGAAGGUGGACAAGUACUUGCUGGAGAUUGUGGUGUGCCGCCAUGGGCGUGCCAUUGGGACGUCCUAUCCCAAAAUGCUCAAAAACAAUAACAGGGAUCUAUAAAAGGUCAUAAUUACCACAAGUAGCCUUGGAGAAAACAAAGUUCCUCCAAGGAGCAUUCACAUUUUCAGAGCUUGUAUGUUAAUGGUACAUCCUAAAAGAUAGGGGACAGGAUUUUAAUGUUCAAAAAGCAAUAACAGGUCAAAACAUAUGAGAGUUACUGACAGGCAUUUUUUACACUGUAUCCUCUCAAAUGCACAUCUCUAUUGUUCUCUUGUUACACCUGACAAAUAUGAAGUAAACAAAACAUGCUUAAAAUAUAACACUUUUACAAAAAUGAAGUGUUGACUUCAGUACUUUGUAAGCCAAUGUUUAAACAAUUGGCGAAAGUAUCUAAACAUUUAAAUUACUGUACAUUACUCUUUUUAGAGAAAAAUAUCAAUGAGCCAUUAUUGCAUGUGUUUUUUGUUGAUGGUACAGUUGAACAUAAGGUAAACUAUUCAGUAUUUCUUGAAGGAUGCCUUUAGUUCCAAAAAGUAGUGCUGCUAUUGGGUAGUUACAUUUAGUGGAAACACACCACAGUUUUUGCUUUCAGAAUGUUGUCAUCCAUGUUUUAUUUGUGGAAAAAUAAACUGAAUUUAUAUCAGUAA